AUGAAUAUUACAUAGCUAGAACUCUUUAAUCAAGCCUGUCAUUAAUAUAAGGGUAUGGUGAUUUCUUCUGAUUUCAUACAGACAGCUCUACUAAGUAGAUAUCAAAUAACUCCUGCUGAAUUUUUGAGACCAUUUCUACCUAGAAAAGUGCAGAGAUUGAAAUUGGGUUUGAGAGAGAAGGAUAAGGAGCUUAACAUAAAAUUGUUAGAUAUGAAGGAAUAUGAUCAGAUUGGAAAUGUAAAGUUGGAUAAGUAUUCGCGUCUUCUAUUGGAGGAUACUCAAUUUUUGGAACAAGUUUAAAUCUCAAGAAAUUGCAGUAAACAGCUUUUAGAUCAAAUUUGUGAUUAAAAUAAGAUGGCUGGGUUCUAGUAAUUGUAAUAAGUAGUGGGAGACUGUUUAGGAUUCUAAUAUCAUUAUAAUUUCCUAGAUCAUCCAAUUGUAUUAUUCUAUGUAGUAAGUGGAUAAGAGAAAAAUUUGAUAUAGGAGAUCCAUAAAAUAAGGAGCGAUUCAAAUAGUUUGAUUAAGAUGAUUUUUAAGAAUAACCUUAGUGAUUUGGAGAUGGUGAGCAAGGUUAUCAUAAUAUUGAAUGAUGCACAGGAGGUAGUGUAAUAUGAAUCUCUUGAUUUGAUCUUUAAGGAAUUUAGCAAGUUUCGAGCAUACACACUCAAAUACAACUUGCCUAAUCCAAUUGAAUAAACUCACUGGUCUCGAUUUGCAUAUCAGAGAUACAAUUAUGAAGGCGAGGUUCCCAAGCAUCCUUUAGGAAUAUUGGAUGAAUAAUGGACUAAGAUUUAUAGAUAGGUGAUUGAGGAAGUCAUAUUAUAACAAGCACUGAUCAUAUUGGAGAGUCAAAUCAAUAAGUAGACUCAACUCUAUUAAGAAAUGAAGUAGAAAACAUUUGAUACUUUUUUGACAAGCAUUUUCAAUACGAGAACAGGUUAAUCAACUGAAAUUGAGUAUAAGAUGAGUCAAAAAGAAUAAUUAUUGAGAUUCUUGGGUGAUAAUCAUUUUUUGAUGAAUGAUUAUGAAAGUGCUGUCACUUAUUAUAAAGGACUUAUAACUGAACUUAAGAAUAAUAAAACUAAUACGACUAUUGCCACUUUGUAUGCAACAGAGUAUUAUUUAUACUCUCGCUUAUUGGCAUCAUAGAAAAUAGAUAAUUUAAAGAAUAUUUUUGAUGAAAUUGAGGUUGGUUAUCAUAAGUUUAUUCAAUUCCCAUACAUGUUAAGAGUGAUGUUUUUUUAUAUAAUAACAAUUCACAUGUUUGGAAAAUAUAGUAAAGAAUAGAUUUAUUUCCUUCAAAGAUUUCAUCGUUAUUUUAAGGAUUUAGGGAGUACUACAAAAAAGGAUUAUUUUGUAGUUUAUCAAAUUUUAGUCUAUGAAUAAAUAGCAUUCAUUCAUCUAAGAUUAGAUCCUCCAGAGUUCAGGAAGUUUGCUCAUAAUCUGACAUUAGUUGCUAAUAAAUACGAAUCUGAAAAUUUCAAGAAGCAUGCAUUGAGAUGCUUUAAAAUAGUUGAAUAAUUAUAUUAAUAAUCGAAAUGGGUGCCAUUAUUAUUUUGGUUGGAAGGACAUAUAGGGGCCAAUUGUUUGGAGAAUCACAAAGUGCAAGAAGCCAUUGAUUCAUUUAAGUUGGCAUUCAAUUAACUAAAUGAAAGAUAGACAUUGGAAUUGCAUAAUCAAUUAGUUGUAGAUUGGAAAAAAGCAUACUAAUCAAUUGAACAACUUUAAGAUUUCAGACGAAAGUAUUUCACUUAAACUAAUACUAACCUGAAAAUUCCAAUUGUCAAAGGACCUGUAGAUAUGUUAACGCAUGGUUAAGAUGUAUUAGAUUCCAUUGUUCUUACUAAUAUCAAGUAGAAAUUUAAGAAUUUAUGGAAUACAGUCUCAAAGAAUGAAUCCUUUUUUGAAGAUGCAUCCAUUAGAAGUUUUGAUUCCAUCUAUUUGGAAGAAAGAAUUGCAUGCUUCAAUAAAACCCCUUGUAUUUUAAAUGCUGAUAAAAUUUCAGACGUUAUUGACAAGAUUAACAAGUUCGGAAGGCAAUGCUUUGCUGAGGACAUUAUCACUUUAAGGUUUUUUAUUAAUUUGCCAGUUAAAGUGCCCAGUUAUAUCAAUAGCUUAUAAGUAAUGUAUCAAUUUUACACACUCAAAGAGAAUCUUUUAGAUUUAGAGGCUGGUAAUGAAAAAGAUUAUGUACUCACAAAAAUAAAUACUUUAGAGAUAAAGGACAUUCCUUUUUAAAGGGCAGUAUAAGAAUACUUAGAAGUGUCCAUAACUCCUCCAUCAGCUGGAUAUUUGAUAAUUACAGGUUUGCAAUGGAAUUUCAUUAAUAUUCCUGCAUAAAUAUUAAUUAAUUAUGAUGCUAAGGAUCAAUCAAAGAAGAAGAGUGUAAAUUUUUACAACAAGUUUAAAGUUUUUCCUAAAUUCAUCCCAAUUGAUAUUGAAUAUUAUACUAAACCAGUUAUUGCUUAUGGGGAAAUAAGGCCUAUUCUUUUUAAGUUUACAAACAAGAAUCCCGAAGAAAUAGUAAUUCAUAUAACUCCAAUAAUACCUUAUCAUUUUGGGUUUGAAGAGAAAAAGAUAAUAUUAAGCGCCUUCUAAGUUUUGGAAUAUUAAUUUUACUUGAGAUGCAGCUUCUAAGAGGAAUUUGUUGGUCAAUUAUUAUUUAAGUAUUAAUAAGGAUAGAGUGGAGGAAUUAGAAUUUAGAAAUUGGAAAUUCCGAUGAAAGUGGACCCCAGUUUCAAGAUAUCAUUAUAAACAGAUUUGAUUGUGGAUUAUUGGAAAUUUACAUUAUAGGUUCAAGACUAUUUUGGAGGGAAAGGCAAUUUAAGAUUCGACAGAAUUCUAUGUUUGAAUGAGAAUUGGAAAUAUUUUGAUAUUCCUUAUCAAUCCAGUGGUGAUCCAUUUCUUCUGACUACCUUUAAGUUGAAGAAGAUCCAAACAAAGGAUUAUCGAUAUGAGGAAUAUCAAAAUAGACUAAAGGAGAGAUUCUAUAGGGAGGGUGACAAUUUCAAUGAGAUAAUAUUAGGUGAUUAAGACAUUCCUGCAGAUGUUGCUUUGGAUUUUGUAAAUCUGGAUAUAUAACAUUACUUCAGUGUUUUCUAUCAGAAAUUGUAGAAUUAAAAAAUGGAGGAAUUCCCUCUAUUCAUCAUAGCAAGAUGGACAUACAGAUAUGAAGAUGAAAUAGUAUAUGGGUUGCAUGAAUUGCCCGUUUUGCAAUAAAAUUAUUUACAUAGGGAUGUGAAAGAAUUCCCUAUGUCAUUUUCCAUUAUAGCUCCAUUUGAAGUAGAACACCAAGGCAUGAUUACAAUGGUUCCCAUAAAAAUUAGUUUCAAAAAUACAAAGUAUGUAGAGUCUAUAAGUUUUACAGUGACCUUAUUUAAUGGGGAUGAACCUUUGAAGUCAAUUAAUGACAUCUAGUAGCCAUUCUUUUUGUGGGAAGGCAUUUUGCAACACCAAAUUACUUUGAAGCCAUAGGAGAUGAAAGUGUUGACGUUAGAAGGGGUUUUUACAGAGAAGGGAGUAUAUGAUUUAAGCAGAUUUAGAUUGACAAUGAAUAAUAAACAGUAAAGCGAGUAUUACUCAAUUGAUCAUGAAACAGUUAUAAUAAAAAUUAUAUGA